AUGAAUAUGAAUUUGAUUGGGAUACGAAUUUGGCCAGAACAUGAAUGCAAAUUUGAUUGGGAUACGAAUUUGGACAUUAAUGUGAAUUUGAUUGGGAUACGAAUUUGGUUGAGAAACAAAUUUGAUUUGGAUAUGAAUUUGGUUGGAAUAUGA